UUUGGCGCUGUGGAUGCAGGGGAGGGAGCUGUGGCUAUUUAAAGAGGGUCAUCCAGUCACGGAUAAAUAACAGAGGGUCCACGGCGUUGACUAACCCCCUCUAAAUGGUCCUCAUCCCGCAGUACUCUGUCUGUCGCCGAUUGUUUGUCGGUCUGCUGUGACAACCGUCCGUCGAGCGGAGCGGAUCCAGGCCGGCGCUGCCAGCGCGUCCCCAGCCUCCUGCGCUCUUCACUCAGCGCCUCUCUGCUUCACGUUUUAGUGCACAGGUGGAGGGGGGAAAAAUGGGGAAAGAUUACUACAAAACGUUGGGCAUCUCUAAAGGAGCGACGGAGGAGGACAUAAAGAAAGCCUACAGAAAACAGGCGCUGAAAUGGCAUCCCGACAAAAACAAGUCCGCAGCCGCCGAGGAGAAAUUUAAGGAAAUCGCAGAGGCUUAUGAAGUCCUCAGUGACCCCAAGAAAAGGGAGAUUUAUGAUCAAUAUGGGGAAGAAGGUCUGAAGGGAGGAAGUGGGCCCACUAAUGACGGGCAGGGCAGCAACUUCACCUACACCUUCCACGGGGACCCUCACGCCACCUUCGCCACGUUCUUCGGGGGCGCCAACCCCUUCGAGAUGUUCUUCGGGCGCAAGGCGAACGGGAGGGGAGACGACGACGACAUGGAGGUGGACGGCAACGACCCCUUCGGCUCCUUCACCAGCUUCAACCUGAACGGCUUCCCCCGGGACGGCCACGUCGGCCUCGGAGGGCAGCAGCGCCGGAAGCAGGACCCGGCCAUCAUCCACGAACUGAGGGUCACCCUGGAGGAGGUCUUCCACGGCUGCACCAAGAGGAUGAAGAUCUCCCGCAAGAGGCUGAACCCGGACGGCAGGACCAUGCGCAACGAGGACAAAAUCCUCACCAUCGAGAUCAAGCGGGGCUGGAAGGAGGGAACCAAGAUCACCUUCCCGCGCGAGGGGGACGAGUCGCCCAACACCAUUCCUGCCGACAUUGUCUUCGUCAUCAAGGACAAACCGCACCCGCAUUUCAGGCGAGAGGGCUCCAACAUCGUGUAUCCUGUCCGCGUCAGCCUAAGACAGUCGUUGUGCGGAUGCUCGGUUACCGUGUCAACGAUAGACGGGAACACGUGCAACAUGAAGAUCACGGACGUCAUCAAGCCCGGCAUGAGGAAAACUGUGGCGGGACAGGGGCUGCCCUUCCCCAAAAACCCGGAGCAGAGGGGGGACCUGGUGGUGGAGUUUGACGUGAAUUUUCCAGAGUCGUUGCCGACCAACGCCAGGGACGUCCUGAAGCGGCAUUUGCCCGCUUAGAAGGAAGGGGAAAGGGAUGCAGACUGAGCGAGAGUGGCGAGACGGCUCUCCGCCCUUCCUAUACAGAGACGCUCACAAGGACAAGAGGACAAGGACUCCUACAGUUCACAGAUGGACCCCGACUGACGAAUGCGCAGUUUCUAUUUUUGAGCUUUUGAAUGUUUUUUUUUUUUUUUUUUUUUUUUUUUUUUAAUACCAUGCAUGCUGCCAAGUCGGUACAAGUGUAAGUGAAAGACUGUCUGGAUCAGGGGUUUUCUCAGUGUAGCAGGAUGAGCCUUCUCCUCAGAGAUCACGAACAUGAAAAUCUAUACCCAGACUGCAGUUUGCUGAGGAUCAGAGGGAUAUAUGAUCCUUUCUGCUGAAAUAUCAGCAUUGCAGGUGGAGAUGAAAUCAUGAUCCUGAUCAGGCCCAGUUCCUCAGUAUGCCAGAUAAAAAGCUUUAAAAUUAGUAUAUUUAAAAAAAAAUAAAAAUAAAGCAGAAUGCAAUCAGCUCACAUCAAUGGUUAAAUCCACACAUUUAACUCUUAUCUUUCAUGAUACUUUGACUCAUCAAUCUGGGAUCUUCUGUUGAGUUGUCUAACAAGGACUCUCUCAAAGACGUUAACAUGAGUGAGAUCUGCGCAGUAAAAGCAUAGUCAGAGUAGUGACAGGCUGUGGUGAAUCUGUAUUUAUAGUGGUGAAACCAGAGCACUUGUUUGCAAACAGUAGUUUUAGUUAAACUGUUAUUACUCACAUUAUUAUCGCAACUUCUUUGUAUAAAUCGAGGUAAUGUACGAUGGGAAGAGGACUCCCCCGAAAGCUCCAAGUCCUGCUGCGAAUGAAUCCCCUCACACUUUGAAAACCACUGUUCUGAAUGGCUCACAUCUGAAAGGACACUUUGAUUUACGUGGCCAUUUGCUGCAAUCACUUUAUCUUUGUGCGCUGGAAUUAAUCAGCUGUGAACGAGUCUGUAAUUGCCAAAA